AAGGUUCAUAUAAAAAGCGCCACUAGCAUUUUCUCGCCAGCCAAUCGCAACUUUCUCUCUGGGUGUUUGAUUGGGUCUUAUUACUUGCUCUCUGCAUUUCUUUGAAAAAGCAGAAGAAGAAAAGCAUUUACGUUUGAAUCAGUAAAUCAGAUAUGGCGGAACAACUCUCCGACGACCAAAUCUCUGAGUUCAAGGAAGCCUUCAGUUUGUUUGAUAAGGAUGGCGAUGGUUGCAUCACCACCAAGGAACUUGGAACCGUUAUGAGAUCAUUGGGCCAGAACCCUACUGAGGCUGAACUCCAGGACAUGAUUAAUGAAGUUGACGCUGAUGGUAAUGGGACCAUUGACUUUCCGGAGUUUCUGAACCUGAUGGCUAGGAAGAUGAAGGAUACCGACUCUGAGGAGGAGCUGAAAGAGGCCUUCAGAGUUUUUGACAAGGAUCAGAAUGGUUUCAUCUCUGCUGCUGAGCUCCGCCAUGUGAUGACAAACCUUGGUGAGAAGCUCACUGAUGAGGAGGUUGAUGAGAUGAUUAGGGAAGCAGAUGUUGACGGUGAUGGCCAGAUUAACUACGAGGAGUUUGUCAAGGUUAUGAUGGCCAAGUGAUUAUCAUAGGCCAUUUCAACAUAAAACGUUUUUAAAAAAAGAACAGGAAAGGAGAACAGGGUUGUUGGCUAUUAUGGUGUGACUCCCUGUUUCCCUUUUUGUCAAUUUUUAUUCCAUGUCUUUAGUAUUAAGUCUCAAGUAGCGGUCUUUGUGUUUAUGUUUACUUGUUUAGUGUAACGUCUCCUGCUGCAAUGUCUUGUGACUAAAAGGUCUUUGCAGUUUUAUAUUAGUCUUUUCUGGCCUUUUUUGGAUCUU